AGGUCCUUCCCCUAACCUUUGGCUACAAAAGGCAAAAGGGGAGGCGGCUGUUUUACUCGAACACUCAUCGCUCGUCCUAUCUCUUUUUUUCUCUUUCGUUUCGUGUCCGAGUUUUCCGGGGAGGGUCCGGCGGGUUGGACCGGAGUCCGGCGGGAAGGGAAGGAUGGGGGCGACCAUUGUGUCGGACAUGCUGACGGAGGUGCUGAUACCGGUGGCAGCGGCGGUGGGGAUCGUGUUCGCGCUGGUGCAGUGGGUGCUGGUGUCGAGGGUGAAGAUGUCUCCGGAGAGGCACUCGCCCUCGUCCAACAAUGGCAAGAACGGGCUCUCCGAAUAUCUCGUCGAGGAGGAGGAGGGGCUCAAUGACCACAACGUAGUGGUCAAGUGCUCUGAGAUCCAGAGCGCCAUUUCUGAAGGUGCAACGUCAUUCCUCUUCACAGAAUACCAAUAUGUGGGCAUUUUCAUGAUUGCCUUUGCUAUCUUGAUAUUUCUGUUCCUCGGUUCCGUGGAGGGAUUCAGUACAAAGAGCCAACCAUGCACCUACGACAAGGAAAAGAUCUGCAAACCUGCUCUUGCCAAUGCUAUUUUCAGCACCGUAUCUUUCUUGCUAGGUGCAGUAACUUCUUUGGUUUCUGGAUUCCUUGGGAUGAAAAUUGCUACAUAUGCUAAUGCACGAACGACUCUCGAGGCAAGGAAAGGUGUUGGCAAAGCUUUUAUUACUGCAUUCAGGUCCGGUGCAGUUAUGGGCUUCCUUCUUGCUGCAAAUGGACUUCUUGUGCUGUAUAUUGCCAUCAACCUCUUCAAAUUGUACUAUGGUGAUGAUUGGGAAGGGCUUUUUGAAGCCAUUACCGGUUAUGGCCUUGGUGGUUCUUCAAUGGCUCUCUUUGGAAGAGUUGGUGGAGGCAUCUACACUAAAGCUGCAGAUGUUGGUGCAGAUCUUGUUGGAAAAGUUGAGAGAAACAUUCCUGAGGAUGACCCACGUAACCCAGCUGUGAUCGCUGACAAUGUUGGUGACAAUGUCGGAGAUAUCGCUGGAAUGGGAUCUGAUCUUUUUGGUUCAUAUGCUGAAUCCUCCUGUGCGGCACUUGUUGUUGCUUCAAUUUCCUCUUUCGGAAUCAAUCAACAGUUCACGCCCAUGUGUUUCCCAUUGCUUGUUAGUUCCAUGGGUAUUAUUGUAUGUCUCAUCACAACACUUUUUGCAACCGACUUCUUUGAGAUCAAGGCUGUGAAGGAAAUUGAACCAGCUUUGAAGAAGCAACUCAUCAUCUCAACUGCUUUGAUGACUAUUGGAAUUGCCCUUAUUGCCUGGCUCGCUCUCCCACCAUCCUUUACGAUCUUCAAUUUUGGUGUUCAGAAGACUGUGAAGAACUGGGAGCUCUUCUUCUGUGUUGCCAUUGGUUUAUGGGCUGGACUUGUUAUCGGAUUUGUUACUGAAUAUUACACCAGCAAUGCAUAUAGCCCAGUGCAGGACGUUGCAGAUUCUUGCAGGACAGGAGCUGCAACCAAUGUCAUCUUUGGCCUUGCAUUGGGAUACAAAUCUGUUAUCAUCCCAAUAUUUGCUAUUGCUGUGGCUAUAUUUGUCAGUUUCAGUCUUGCUGCCAUGUACGGGAUUGCUGUGGCGGCUCUUGGGAUGCUCAGCACUAUUGCCACUGGCCUUGCAAUCGAUGCUUAUGGUCCUAUCAGCGACAAUGCUGGUGGUAUUGCUGAGAUGGCUGGAAUGAGCCAUAGGAUUCGUGAGAGAACUGAUGCUCUUGAUGCUGCUGGAAACACCACAGCUGCAAUUGGAAAGGGUUUUGCAAUUGGAUCAGCAGCUCUUGUUUCACUCGCCCUCUUUGGAGCUUUCGUUAGCCGUGCCGCAAUUUCCACUGUGGAUGUCUUGACGCCGAAAGUUUUCAUUGGGUUGAUUGUGGGUGCCAUGCUUCCUUAUUGGUUCUCAGCCAUGACAAUGAAGAGCGUUGGCAGCGCAGCACUGAAAAUGGUGGAGGAAGUGCGCAGGCAAUUCAAUACCAUUCCUGGCCUCAUGGAUGGUAUUGCAAAGCCAGACUAUGCAACCUGUGUCAAGAUAUCCACCGAUGCAUCCAUCAGGGAGAUGAUUCCUCCUGGUGCACUUGUUAUGCUCACUCCCCUCAUUGUGGGAACACUCUUUGGUGUGGAAACUCUUUCUGGAGUACUUGCCGGUGCUCUUGUUUCUGGUGUGCAGGUCGCCAUAUCAGCUUCCAACACUGGUGGUGCAUGGGACAACGCCAAGAAGUACAUCGAGGCUGGUGUCUCAGACCAUGCAAGAUUGCUUGGCCCCAAGGGAUCAGAAGCCCACAAGGCUGCGGUGAUUGGUGACACGAUUGGGGACCCUCUCAAGGACACAUCUGGUCCAUCUCUCAACAUUUUGAUCAAGCUGAUGGCUGUUGAGUCUCUUGUGUUCGCCCCAUUCUUUGCUACCCAUGGCGGCAUUCUGUUCAAGCUCUAAAAGAGCAGAAAAAGAAAGGGUGACAGUUAUAACAGAGCCCGUGGUUUAUCCACCCUCCCUCUUUCUCUCCUUGCUUCCACUUCAUCUUUCAAGUCUCCUUUUCCUGGUGAUAGUUUUCACGUUUCCUGGGCCAUGUAUUCCUGUUUACCCAUGUGGGUGAUUUUCAGAUCUAUCCAUUAAAGUGAGAAUGAAUGAUGGUAAAGACGAUUCCCAUCCAUUUUUAUGCUCUUGGUUUUAGUUUCAAUUAGGCUCGAGUAUGUCCACCGUGUAACAUCAUCAAUUUUCCUGGGAAUAUGGACAAAACAACUUUUGGAAAAUGGGAUUACAAGAUCACAUUAUUAUGCUUAGGCAUUAUGGAUUUUGGAAUA